GUGGAUAUAGUGAAUUCAGGGUCCGGGGAGAGUGGAUAUAGUGAAUGCAGGGUCCGGGGAGAGCGGAUAUAGUGAAUGCAGGGUCCGGGGAGACCAGAUAUAGUGAAUGCAGGGUCCGGGGAGAGCGGAUAUAGUGAAUGCAGGGUCCGGGGAGAGCGGAUAUAGUGAAUGUGGGGUCCGGGGAGAAGAGGAUAUAGUGAAUGCGGGGUCUGGGGAGAGCGGAUAUAGUGAAUGCGGGGUCCGGGGAGGGCGGAUAUAGUGAAUGCGGGGUCCGGGGAGAGCGGCUAUAGUGAAUGCGGGGUCCGGGGAGAGCGUAUAUAGUGAAUGCGGGGUCCGGGGAGA